CUCUGAUCUACCCUCACCCCACAAUUCGCCUAAUAGUUCUGAACUUCAUUCGCGCCUGUGAAUGCCUCGACCGACUUCUCAAGGGUUUAUACAGCCGCUCAGCCCCGAGACUACAGGCAUAGUCUCUAAACAUAGGUCGCAAACAUAAGGCACAUCGCCAGGAGCUGCAAUCGAGCAAGCCGUGGCACGAGCACGAGAAAGGCAAGGGCAAGAGCAAAGGCAAAUCUAAACACAAAGAGAAAGGAAAGAGAGGGCUCUCUGCCAUGGGCCAAGAGAAUAGCACUCCGAUAGAUGAGCACACGCCCCCGGACACGCUCGAGAGCAGGACGCUGGAGGCUCUGGCCAAGUACAUCAAGGAUGGCGAGCCAAAGAAAAUCGUCGUUAUGACGGGCGCAGGGAUCUCGACCAGCGCGGGGAUACCCGACUUUCGCAGCCCAGAGACCGGGUUAUAUGCAAAUCUUGCAAAGCUGAAUCUGCCAUAUGCUGAGGCCGUGUUUGAUAUAAGCUUCUUCAGAAACAACCCCGAGCCAUUCUACACUCUUGCGCAAGAGUUAUAUCCUGGAAAAUACCGCCCGACUAUCACACACUCGUUUAUAAAACUCCUCCACGACAAAGGCCUGCUACUGAAAUGCUUCACACAAAACAUAGACACACUGGAACGCGAAGCCGGUGUCCCGGGUGACAAAAUGGUCGAAGCCCAUGGUAGUUUCGCCGGACAAAAGUGCAUCGAGUGCCGCGCGCCGUACCCGGACGCCCUGAUCAAAAUCGCAAUCCAUGAGAAGACCGUGCCCCACUGCGAAGCCUGCAACGGGCUCGUGAAGCCCAACAUUGUCUUCUUUGGCGAAGCCCUCCCUGAAGAAUUCUUCCUGAACAGACACCUGCCUGCCACCGCCGAUCUCGCCAUCGUCAUGGGCACAAGCCUCACCGUGCAGCCCUUCGCCGGCUUACCCUCCGAAUGCGCGCCACACAUCCCGCGACUGCUGAUCAAUAAAGAAGUUGUCGGUGACUUCGGGUACCGCGCUGACGACGUACCACUCAUCGGAGACUGCGACACCGGCGUGCGCGCGCUCGCAGAGGCUUGCGGCUGGCUCGAGGAGCUCGAGGCGCUGUGGGCGCAAACACAGCCCAUAGCUGCCGUAGAUAUGGGCCGGAAGGAGCCGGUGGCCGAGACGGAGACCACAGAUCAGCGCGUGGAGGAUGAGGUCGAGAGGCUGACGCGGCAAGUUGAGGAGACGCUGCACAAGACGGAGACACACCGCGAUUAUGUGAAUGGGUUUGCGGCAACACAUGGAGCGGGCAGGCCGCAGAGUGGAAAUGUGGAGGAUCUGGCGAGUCAGGUGCGGUCUGCGCUGAAUAUUAGCCGAUCGCAGCAGGACUAUUUGGACCGGCAAGUAGAUGCGAAGACUGGAAAGUCGUAUUCGGAUAUGUUGGAACCGGGUUCGCCAGUUAUGGAGCGAUUGAAAGAGGAAUUAAAAGUCGAGAGUAGUGUCGCGGAAGGGGGCGCACAGGACCGAGGGUUGAGACAUAUCUUUCCUUAUGCGGAAACGGAAUCAAAGGGACCGCCCUUAUAGGACCGACUUUGGGAGGGUUGUAUUUCUAGAGAUGAACAAGGAUGAGGUCCACGAACCGGAUGGAUAUGGAUGCUGAUCGUGAAGGCUGAUCUAGGCAUGUAAUAGAUACGAAUGACUUAUGAUAUCUCGAUAUGGAAAUGGUAUCUAGGAGGAGUGGAAUAACCUAAAGGAAGAUCCUGACAGCUUACUAUGACCGGGGGAAUAUAUUACAGCACAGAUACCCAUCCAAAAGCAAGGAUAUCGAACUCCAGUAAUGCCUCCAACGAUGCC